CGCAGUUGCAUUUCCUAGCCCGUCACCUCCAGGGUCCAGUAAGCCGGCGUCCCAGAUCUCGACCCCUAGACUGGAGAAGCGGGGCGGCCCGCGCCCACCGUCCGGCGCUCUCCUCCCGGGACGCCCGCCGGACUCCCGAGCCGUCUCCAAUUGGCCGUCGGGGGGAACGGAAGCCGAAGCGGAGCAGUGAACCCGGAAGUGCUUCGCGGCGGAGGCCCGGGCGACUCUUUUGAAUGGAAUCGGGCUGAUUCAUCGCCGGUUCGCGGAGCCAGAGCCCCGUGGAGUCUGAGCCGCUGCCGCCGCAGCUGCCGCCUCCGCCGUCUUCGCGUCAGCGCUGGUGGGAGACGAGAGCCCAGACCGCGGCUUCCCGACCCCUCCGGCUUUCAGGAGAGAGAGAAAAAAAUACUUAGGAAAAGUUAUACCUGCCAGUAUUAGCAAGAGCUUGAGUUAAGAAGAAAUUUGUCAAACUCAACGAAUUGAAGCUUAACACCUCAAGAGUUGUAGUUACUGACCAGAAAUAUGGACAGACUUCUUAGACUUGGAGGAGGUAUGCCUGGACUGGGCCAGGGGCCACCUACAGAUGCUCCUGCAGUGGACACAGCAGAACAAGUCUAUAUUUCUUCCCUUGCACUGUUAAAAAUGUUAAAGCAUGGUCGGGCUGGAGUUCCCAUGGAAGUUAUGGGUCUCAUGCUUGGAGAAUUUGUUGAUGAUUACACCGUCAGAGUGAUUGAUGUGUUUGCUAUGCCACAGUCAGGAACAGGUGUCAGUGUGGAGGCAGUUGAUCCAGUAUUCCAAGCCAAAAUGUUAGAUAUGUUGAAGCAGACAGGAAGGCCUGAGAUGGUUGUUGGUUGGUAUCACAGUCACCCUGGCUUUGGUUGUUGGCUUUCUGGUGUGGAUAUCAACACUCAGCAGAGCUUUGAAGCCUUGUCGGAGAGAGCUGUGGCAGUGGUUGUGGACCCCAUUCAGAGUGUAAAAGGAAAGGUUGUUAUUGAUGCCUUCAGAUUGAUCAAUGCUAAUAUGAUGGUCUUAGGACAUGAACCAAGACAAACAACCUCAAAUCUGGGUCAUUUAAACAAGCCAUCUAUCCAGGCCUUAAUUCAUGGACUAAACAGACACUAUUACUCCAUUACUAUUAACUACCGGAAAAAUGAACUGGAACAGAAGAUGUUGUUAAAUUUGCAUAAGAAGAGUUGGAUGGAAGGUUUGACACUUCAGGACUACAGUGAACACUGUAAACACAAUGAAUCAGUGGUAAAAGAGAUGUUGGAAUUAGCCAAGAAUUACAAUAAGGCCGUAGAAGAAGAAGAUAAGAUGACAGCAGAACAGCUGGCAAUAAAGAAUGUCGGCAAGCAGGACCCCAAACGUCAUUUGGAGGAACAUGUGGAUGUACUUAUGACUUCAAAUAUUGUCCAGUGUUUAGCAGCUAUGUUGGAUACUGUCGUAUUUAAAUAAAACAAUGCAAAAAGCUAUUGGUGAUACUUUCAGCGUAUAUUCCUCUAUUGUUCCUAAUGCUCAAAAUCAAGGGACCUCUGAAGGUGUGUUUGGUUAAAUGUAAGACAUCUGGCAUCAUUUGCAGUACUGUAACACCUUCAGUCUCGGUUGUGCAAUUACUUCUGUUUCUUUAGUCAGGGUCUUUGCAGAUUCCAAAGUUGUAUAAGAGUACAUCAAAGUGGACAAAUUUUGUUAAGAUCCCAUUUAAUAUUUGAAGAAAUCAGUAACACAAAUAUAUUUUGAUUGUUGCUUACAAAAUAAAAUACAUUUACAAUCUA